CGGCAUGUCUCCAAAGCUUUUUGUCCAUUGCAUCAUGGAACUGCUCUUUCUCACAAUCAGCACUUUAUGUAAUCCCUCUCAGCAAUGCUCAAUGUGCAAGAAGUUCGUCUGGUAACCUUCACUGACACGUUCGAUAUAUGCAAAAGAAUCAGAUUCAAUAAGUAAUAAUUGGAACGAGCAAAACACAAGAAAUGAACGAGUCUUCUCCUGAUCCUUCGCCCGACACCACGGACGACGCCGUGCUGCUCGAGAGAGCCGAAGAAUUUUACGGCGAAGAACGUCUCUUGAAGGCAGCUGAGGUGCUGAAGCAAGUGAAAGACAAAGACAAUUGCUUGACGGAUCGCCACAAAAGAAUUCUUCGGUGGGCGGAUCUUAUCGAGAGCGGUAUCGACAACUUGUUGCAAGAUCCAGAACGAGAUGGAAGUCCCUGGAUCAAACAGAGGGAACAACACGGACAUCGGGAUUUUCUUGUCUUUUAUCAGUUGACAGACAACAACAAACUGAUAGCACGCAUCGACUGUGCCUUUGAGAGCAGCCUGUUGGUUCCUUUGCUAUCGGUUUUCAACGAGUCGGAACUUUUCUCGUCGUGGAUGCCGUGCUGGGAAAGACCCGUACGGCUCGGGAUAUCACGCUCCGAAAAACUCAAGGACGAGGGGCGAGGGAAACAAAUCAUCCGAGUAACAACCUCCCUGGCGUGGCCCUUUGCCGACCGGGAAGUGGUGUUUCGCGUAAUGGCAGCCGAUGCCAUCGAGGAGGACCGCAGCUGCAUUGCCAUCCAGGCCGUGAGCCAAACGUCGGACGACGAUCCGGUGAUACCGAAGGCGACGAGGGAAGCGGUCCGCGUGGAUUUUUCGAACUUUAUGUUGAUUCAGGCUUGUCCGCCGGACCAUCCGUGCGUCGCUCGAUCCAAGCACCACAGCAACGACAAAGACCACGAGCCACUGAUCUUGAUGAACCUGACGCUGGAGGUCGACCCGCACCUGGGCGUCGUGCCACAGUCGGUGCAAAAUUUUGUCACGAGGACGGUAAUCGGUCGGCUCUGGCUGGCGCUCUUGCACGUCGCGGAAGACGUUCGGGACGGAAAACGUCCGAGGCACAAGGAAGCCAUCGACGCAAAGCCCGAGCUCUACGACUGGAUCAAAGAACGCGUCGGCGUGAUGAUCGAGAACCUGGGGAAAGAGAAAGAGAAGUUAGGGUGCGAACCAAGUAUGUAAGAUAUGUUUGGGAACGUAUUUAAGUGACUGGUUUAAUACUUUUAAUUUUCAGUACUUUCCGUUUUGACUUUUAGAUUGGUAUCAUCCCUUGUUGUAUUCAAUAGUACUAAUUUGACAAAUUUAAAUGGUACAAGUAAUUGAAACUAACGACGACUAGGAAGCUCAAGAGAAUGUUAUUGUUUUACAUGCACUAUUUCAUAUGUCUAAGUUUGGUUCGUCAUAGAAUACAUACUGGCACAGAGCUGCGAAAUGAUACCGAUGUAGAUUGGAUUCGUAAAAGUUUAUCAGAGCUCAAUUUGAAUAGAUUGCUACCCCUUCUUUCCGUUUUCUCGGCCAACUACAAGUUCUAAACAACCAGGGGAGCGCCGACAAAGUGGCAAUAUUGUGAUCCCUCACUUUGUCUUCUGUCCUGGGUUGGUUUUUCACUGAAAGGAAUUGUCCAUAUCUAAGAAAAAUGGAUUGUCUUCAAAGUCAUUAUUACCGUCAUCGUCAUCGUCGUCGUCAUCUUCGUCAUCUUCGUAAUCGUACUCUUCUGCGGAGUUUGUCUCCGUAAGAACAAACAAACCUAUGGGCAUUGGUUCGAGCCCGUAACCGAACAGAACUGAACCUUUCACUAUCAUUUUUGGGCCUCCGUCUUCGUUGUUCGUGCCACAGUUGCCGAGUGUUCCAUCAGGCAUGAUUGUGUCCGACUUUUCACCGGCUUCUCCAACUUGGUCGUUCAGGUACUCGAUUUUCCCCCAGUAUGCUUUUUCGUCAUCCUUCGACAACGACCUCCCCUCACUAAAGACAGAUCCCGAGACCGACCUGCCAAAUCCGAAUCGCAUCACCUGCAUCCAAAUAUGAUCACGUUUUUCCCCUAUCACCGAAAACCUACCUCGCAAAAUAGCAGAGCCACCCAUGCCACCGAUCGUGGCAAACGUAUUGUUUGCAAAGAACUUGAGUUCGAGGACCCUGAUAUUGUGGAGAGGUUUAUCGAGCUCCUCGUCUUCGUUUUUCUUCGCCUUCGGUGGCGGAUCCUCUAAAUGUUUCGA